ACAACAGCGGCAUCAUUUCUCAUAGAAGAGACCGGGAUCCCUGGUGUCCAAACUGCAUCUAUGAACAGAGACCAGUCAAUUGCUCCAACCCCCAAACAUGAUGAUGAGGCUUUUACCUCUGAGAAUGGGAAGACUGGAAAACUGCAGCAGGAUUCUGUGCUCCAGAGAGUCAAAGACGAGCACAAAACCAGCAUGAAGAACAAGUGUGAGUGUUUAUGUGAGGGAACCAAACAAAUUGAGAACCAAACCCUCCUGAACAGGAUAUACACACAGCUGUACAUCAUCGAGGGAGAGAGUGAAGGAGUGAACGAAGAACAUGAAGUUUUACACAUGGAGAAAAACACCAGAACACGUCACUUUCAAGACACUCCAAUCUUCUGCAAUGACAUCUUUCAAGCCUUACCCGAACCCAAAGGUUUUAAAACAGAGAAAACGAGUAGGACAGACAAAAUCAAGACCGUUCUCACAAAAGGCAUCGCUGGAAUUGGAAAAACAGUCUCAGUGCAGAAGUUCAUUCUGGAUUGGGCUGAGGGAAAAGCCAAUCCGGAUGUCGAUUUCAUGUUUGUGCUUUCAUUUCGAGAGCUGAACUUGAUUCAAGACAAGCGGUACAGUCUUCACAAGCUUCUGCUUGAUUUUCAUCCCGAGCUUCAAGAUCUGGACUCGAAGAUGUAUGACGUGUGUAAAGUUGUGUUCAUCUUUGAUGGUCUGGAUGAGAACAGAUUAACGCUGACGUUUCCAGAAGGUGAGAAAGUGUCAGAUGUGACUGAGACAUCAUCGACAGGCGUGUUGAUGUCAAACCUGAUCAAAGGAGAUCUGCUUCCCUCCGCCCUCAUCUGGAUCACAUCCAGACCAGCAGCAGCCAAUCAGAUCCCCCCGAAAUACAUCAACCGAUUGACAGAAAUCCAGGGAUUCGAUGACGCUCAGAAGGAGGAAUAUUUCGAGAAGAGAAUCAGCAAUAAACAUCAAGCCAGCAGAGUCAUCUCACACAUUAGAAAAACAAGAAGCCUUCACAUCAUGUGUCACAUACCGGUGUUCUGUUGGAUCUCAUCCAUCGUGCUUCAAACCAUCCCGAAAGGGGACAACCACAGAGCGGACAUCCCCAAAACUCUAACCGAAAUGUACAUCCACUUCCUGCUCAUUCAGAUCAAUGUGAAGAAUCAGAAGUACGAUGAGAGAGAUCCAAAGAAUCUCCUGCAGUCCAGAAAACUGAUUAUGAAACUGGCUGAAUUGGCUUAUAAACAGCUGAUGAAGGGCAACAUGAUGUUCUACGAGGAGGAGCUAAAGGAGUGUGGGAUAGACAUCACAGACGCCUCGCUGUAUUCUGGCAUCUGCACUGAGAUCCUUAAGGUGGAAUCCUUGAUUCAUCAGAAGAAAGUCUUUUGCUUCGUACAUCUGAGUUGUCAGGAGUUUCUGGCUGCUUUUUUCGUGUUUUACUAUUACAUCUUCCAAAAUACAGACACAGUGAAGUUUCUGAACGUAUUUCAGUGUCUGCAUAGAGAGGCCAUCAAAAAAGCACUUGAUAGUGGAACCGGACAUUUGGAUCUCUUCCUGCGUUUCCUGCUGGGCAUCUCAUUGGAGUCCAAUCAGAGACUCUUAGGGGAAUUUACUGACGUGCACGCUGACACCUCCGAGACCAUCAGGCAAACUACAGAGUACAUCAAAAAGAAAAUAAGAAAUGAUACUCUAUCAGCUGAAAGAUCCAUUAAUCUGUUCCUCUGUUUGAUGGAAGUCAACGAUCAGACUCUGUACAAAGAGAUUGAGGCGUUUGUGACAUCAGACAAAGGCUCGGUAAAGAAGCUCUCAACCGCCCAAUGCUCAGCAAUAGCCUACAUACUUCAGAUGUCAGAGAAGGUGCUGGACGAACUGGAUCUGGAGAAAUACAACACAACAGAGGAGGGCAAACGGAGACUCAUACCAGCUGUCUCCAACUGCAGAAGAGCCCUACUUGCUAACUGUAAUCUGACUGGCCAGUACUGUAAUAUUACGGCUUUGUCUUUGCAAUCAUCAAAGUGUCUCCUGAGAGAGCUCGACUUAAGUAACAAUGACCUGAUGGAUUCAGGAGUGAAGCUCCUCUCUGAUGCUCUCAAGAGUCUCAACUGCCAACUGCAGAUACUGAGGUUAUCAGGCUGUAUGGUGACAGAGGAAGGCUGUUGUUAUCUGGAUUCAGCUCUACGUUCAAACCCCUCACACCUGAGAGAGUUGGAUCUAAGUUACAAUCAUCCAGGACACACUGGAGUCCAGCUGCUCUCUGAAAGAGUCAAUGAUCCAAACUGCAAACUGGAGAAACUCGAUUUGGACCAUGGAGACCCCCGCAUGAUCAAACCUGGACUCCGAAAAUAUGCAUGUGCUCUCACACUGGAUCUCAACACAGCGAACAUUCAACUCAAGCUAUCCGAGGGGAACAGAAGGAUCACACACGUGAACGAAGCUCUGCCAUACCCGAAUCAUCCAGACAGAUUUGAAGGCGUUCCUCAGGUCCUGUGUAGAGAGGGUCUGACUGGACGCUGUUACUGGGAGGCUGAAUGGGAUGAGUGGGCCCGUAUAGCCGUGACGUAUAAAGGAAUCAGCAGGAAAGAAGGGAGUAACAGUAUGUUUGGACUUCACAGAAAUUCCUGGAAUCUUUUCUGCACUGUUAAUGGAUUCAACCUCUGGUACAAUAAUACAAACAAAGACAUACCUGUCACUUCAGUCCCCUCAAAGAGAAUAGGAGUGUAUCUGGACUGGGCGGCCGGCAUUUUGUCCUUUUACAGCGUCUCUGACACGUACACACUCACACAUAUACACACAGUCAAAAGCAAGUUCACUGAGCCCCUCUAUGCUGGAUUUAUGGUUCAUCAUUCAGUGUCAUUGUGUCAGAUUUAGAAACUUCCUGUGGGCAUUGUUCAGAGUUGCCAGAUUGGGCUCUUUUUUUUCUCAGGUUCACACAGAACACCCUAGAAUUCAUCUAGCAUGUUAUUUUAUUAGGAAGUUCAGAAAAGCUUUCAUGGUUAUUAAGGUUUUGAUUAUUUGUGAGCAAGUAAGUUGACUUUUAUUGCUUUUGUAGAAUUU